CUGUUCACCUGGUCCUCUCUUCUCCUGCGCUCCUCUCUAGCAGUGGAAAUCAAGGUCAAUCUUGCAGCUAUGAACGGCGGGAUCUGUGUGUGCGUGUUGCUGGCUGCUCUUUCCACCAGCUGUCUUGGAGACCCCUCCUCGAGCACACAGGAGGAGAACAGGGCCGCCCAGCUGCAGCUGGACACCGCCCUGUCUGAGCACGCACGCCACGCCCGGUCCACGCCCCUCAGCAGCCAGCUGAAACCCCUCACCAAGCCAGAGGAGGCCACCGAUCCCCGGACCAGCCUGAGUGAACUGCUAACCAGAUUGUUAUCCAGGAAAGGAACCUUCCGCAGAAACAUGAACAGCAGAGCGAGCGGACUGAGUGCCAACCACAGAAUAAAAGACAGAGAUUACCUCGGCUGGAUGGAUUUCGGCCGACGCAGCGCCGAGGAAUACGAAUACUCCUCAUAAACAGAUCUACUCCCAAAAAGUCUGUACAGAGAGAUAGAGAUUCAUUUCAGCUCGUCGUCUUUGAAAUCGGUGUGUCGAAAAAUAUGUAUUUAUUAUGUAUUUGAUGUAAAAUUGUUUGUAAACCUAAUAUGACGCAAUAUACACCUAUGGCCAAUUUUGCAGAAAAAGAGAAAAAAAACGUUCUUGUUCUGGUUUCUCUUCAUUUUGUUGGUAAUAUAUAUUUUAAAUUAUUUAAUCAUACAUACAUGUAUUCGUUUUCAAAAAAGUCCAGGCGUGUAGUCUCCCCGAGGAGCUAACAGGUGUAUACGAAUAAAUCAAGCCGGUCGACAUCAUCUCUUGAAAUCGCAUCCUGUGGGCUCUCUGCCAUAAAGCUCCAUGCAGUUAUGUGAAGCACAUUUUCUUCUCCCAGUGUUAGCGAAAAAUUUCCUCAACAUACACCAUAGAUUAUUGUGAAGCGUGUCUCCAUGAUUUUACCAGCUGAUCGCAUUUUUCGUCCCUGGCUCCAUCACAUAAUGCCAAACACAGAAUCGUUCAGUUCGCUGCUGUAUUGGUACACUGAAGGAAGUUUGAGCUGAAAGCAUGGGUGUAUUGGUAUCACUGGCGUUUACACAUUACUCUGUAGCGAAGUUUCGCAUUGGCCAGCAGACGCGAUAUUUCUCCAAACCUUGUUAUGUAAACAUGACCUACAGGAAAUUUUAAAACUCGGUUACCGGUACUCCACUUUUACGCCUGCAGGGUUCAGUGAGAAUGAAAUGUAUUCGUUUUACUCUAAAUAGUUCAUUUUCAGAAAUGUUGCGUCAUUAGCUGUGUAAAAUAGUUUAAAACGAUUGGGUUUGGAGGAAAUGUAAUUUGGUGAACAUCUAGCAGACCAGACCACAGUCCCGCGGGUGACGGUAAUACACUGGCAUCAAUUCUCUCGCCAGGUGUAACCCCGCCCUCCUACGCCGUCUGGAAAAGCACCAAGUGGGCUCUCGGAUAAUAAAAUGCAUCUCAAUAAAAACCAAACAUGAAAGAGCCACGGCAGGGGCUGUUAUGUGAACCGUAGUGAUCUGCCCUCAAGUCACCGAGCCUGAAUAUAAGCAAUGAAAUACUUAGCUAGAAGGACCACUUUCCUGCGAAACCAAAGCGAUACAGCAACAAUAAACUGGUAGAGAGCAGCCUGAGAUCCAAGACAGGCUCAGAAACACAAUUCAAUUUGGCCACGAAUUGUUACCACAUCUGAUUGUUAAAUUAUUUUUAUGUACAGUUCGAGAGCUGUCCAACGAACCAUGCACAAGGUUAACAAGCUUCAGCCAAACAGUUAUGAAAGUACGUCUUUAUUCGUCCUUUACAAUGUUAUCACGAUCGAUAGGCUUGUAUUUAUGGUUCCAACAAUGAAAUAUUUAAGUGCGGCAGUGAGAGUGCACUUAAACUCCAGCAUUCAGCGUGGUUAUUCUGAGUGUCUGUUUGGAUCCAUUGUGUGUGGAUUAUGGGCUCGUUGCGAUGAAAAAGGGUCGAUCUCUAAGAGAGCAUGUGACUCAUUCAUGGAAGACCAUUACCCAACGCAAAAAGACCCAGCAAAGAACAGACGCAUUAAAAGUUCAAUGUUGAAGUCAGACAUUUAUUAAAUAUACACAAGAAAGUAUGUAACAUAUUUUCUGCGGAACACUGUGGCUAAUUAUUAUUUAAACCUAUUAUUAUUAUUAUUAUUAUUAGCAACAUUUCACUGACUUUAUUUUUUGUGAAUCUCUACAGCUUUCGUGUUCGGUCUAAAUUAACUCAUGCCAUAUAAAUUGCAUAUUUCUGAAGUAGAAAAUCCACGUACAUCACACAGUGUAUCAAUCAGAUACAACAGAUGUGCACCAUAAACGCACACAGAACACAAGCCUGUAAUUUAUAUAGAUUUAGAGAUCCCCACAAACUGGCGCAGGUCAUUACUGUGAGAAGUGCCUGCUUAUGCAACUUACAUAAACACAGAGUGAUUGUGUGGAGUUUGCAGUAAUUUCAGAGG